CAUACCUGUCAAAUGUUAUAUCAUGUGCGGUGAGGUGUGUUUUUACUUUUUGUCGCAAUUCGAAAAUACUUCGAAUUUCCAUCGACAUUGAAUUUUAAAUAUAAUUUUAAGCAUGGCUAUUUGCUUGCGAACGUGUUCUUUUAAAAUCUUACCUUUGAAUGGCAUAGUUACCACGAAGAAUCAUUCAAGCCGCUUUUCUUGGAAAAUUCCAGUAAGAUCGCACUUUUCCGACGAUUUCCUGAAUAAACGACGUAUAUCCAGUUGCAGACCAGCCCAAAGAUGCACAGCAGAGAAUAGGCAUGAUGUAGAUGUGCGAGAAGUAGCUUUAUUAAAUUUACAAAAUGAAAAUUUAAAAAUAACCUACCUUGAUGGUGAGAAAGGUACAAAUGUCAUUUCAAAUAACAAAUACGAAUGUGAUGAGAUUUGCAUCAAAUCCUUAGCACUGACUUCUGAUGAUUAUGUGGAGCAGAGUCCUCCUUACAGUUUCAAAUUUUUACCUCCAAUACACAUGAAUGAUAUUGACUUCACCAAGUACAAUAAUGUGUCAAUAGAACCAACUUGUUUAUCUGAUUAUGAGCGUGAUGCCAUAGCAAACUGUCAACAUUCUGCAGCACCAUCCUUGGUUUCAUCUAACAGUAAUCCUAAUGAUAAUGAGGGUAGACCCAGUGAAGAGCAACUUAUGAAAGUAUUUCAUGUACUCUCCACAAAUAUGCCGGAACUGUUUUACAAAACCUUAGACUACUCAAUAUAUCAUCCAAAUUUAGUGUUUGUUAAUAAUAUUAGAGGAAAAACGACUGUAGGUUUAAUACACUAUGUGAAGCAAGUGGCACUCUUACGUACAGUGGGGCACUUGAAAUAUGCAUAUGUCAAGCUGGAGGUUUUGAAAAUUACCGCACACCCUGAGGACUCCUCGAUUAGAAUGAGAUGGCGCAUCCGAGGGCUAUCAGGGUUGAAGGUGUUCUUCAUGUUUUGGAAAUAUAAACUUUGGAAUCUGAAGGAGGCGUUCCAGGAUCAAGAGAUGUGGUACGAUGGGUUUUCGACGUUUUAUGUUGGUUCUGAUGGUUUGAUACAAAAACACAUAGCUGAUAAGGUGAUGCCAGAUCAAGACACGAUCAUAGACGACGAAGAAAAGGCGCCCAUUGCCGCGAAACUAGCGCUAUUAAUUGGACUUCUGCCGCGAAACUAUUUGUCUGACGUCACGCCAUAUUUCACCACCUCGUCCGACACCGAAGAUAUCACCCCAAUUCCUUUCAAGACAUUAGAAUAACAUAAACAUUUUAGAAAACGAUAUUGUAGAACUUUCAUUAAUUGGGCCUUAAUAUUACGUAUUUACGACAAAAAAAUACUGCAUUAUUUUAUGAGAUGAAAGGAAUAACGCAAUUGUAUAAAAUGCUCCAUUGAAAUGGUGUUCAGUCUGGAAAGAUGGGUUUUUAUUUCAAUAGAGUUUUUAGCUUGAUAUAUGGCUAGGCCUGUUUGUAUAUAAUAUACUAGCGAACCCGACAGACGUUGUCCUGUAAACAUGUCUUAAGUUUGAAAAAUCAGUGCAGUUGCUAGGAGGAGUUCACUAACAGAGCAGGAGUAUUAUAUAUGGACUGAAUUGAGAAUCCAAACGAUUCUCAAAUUCACUGGAACACACAAAAAUUCAUCAAAAUCGGUCCAGCCGUUUAGGAGGGACUUCAAUUGUGAAUCUAAACCACCCUCGAAUCCACUUGAACACACACAAAAAAAAACAUUCAAAUCGCUCCAGCCGUUUAGGAGGAGUUCUCUGUCAACACACAUACAGAAGAAUUAUAUGUAUGAAGAUAGGUUAAUUAAUAAAAUGUGUAAUAUUAAGGCCCAGUUUCACCUAUCACCUAAGCAGUGUGGAUAAAAUUUAAUUGGCAACCCCAUGGCAGUAUUAUGCUAAGUACCGACAUCAUGACUACCAGAUUUUAUGAUUAUAAUAAUAUGUGAUGAAUUGGGUAUCAUAUAUAAAUGUGCUUCUUUAAUUAUUAUUUUAAUAUAUUGUAGUUUAUAAAUGUUAACUUAUGUGAUAAAAUAUCCUUAAUAAAUAA